AUGAAGGCACUUAUUCUUGUUGGUGGCUUUGGUACUCGCCUGCGUCCGCUCACUCUCUCCGCGCCCAAGCCGGUGGUUCCUUUUGCUAACAAGGAAAUCGUCCUGCACCAGAUUGAGGCACUUGUUAAGGCCGGUAUCGAUGAGGUUGUCCUCGCCGUCAACUACCAGCCCGAGAAGAUGAUGGAGGCUUUCCCGACAAGCCCGACAUGGGUGGGCGGCAAACUACAGCUCGGCAUUCGCAUCUCGACCUCGCUGGAAGAGGAGCCGCUCGGUACGGCUGGCCCGCUCAAGCUGGCGGAGAGCAUUCUGGGCUCGGACGGCGAGCCGUUUAUUGUGCUCAACUCUGACGUGAUCUGCACGUUCCCGUUCGAGGAGCUCAUUGCCUUCCACAAGGCGCACGGGAAGGAGGGCACGAUCAUGGUGACCAAGGUGGAGGAGCCAUCCAAGUAUGGAGUCGUUGUGUCGGACGGCGAUGGCAAGAUCGAACGGUUCGUGGAGAAGCCGCAGGUCUACGUGGGCAACCGCAUCAACGCCGGCAUCUACAUUUUCAACCCGGCCAUUCUGGAGCGCAUCCCGCUGGCGCCGACCUCGAUCGAGAAGAAAAUUUUCCCGGUCAUGGCCGAUGAGGGCCAGCUGUACUGCAUGGACCUGCCGGCGUUCUGGAUGGACAUUGGCCAGCCGCCUGACUACCUCAAGGGCAUGGUCAUGUACCUCUCCGCGCUGGCCUCGGGUGACGUCUCGGGCGAGGGCCCGUCCGGCGCUACCUUCGUCGGCUCGCUGGUCGAGGGUGAUAACUUUAUCGGUCCUGUCUUUAUGCACCCGGACGCCGUCGUCGACGAGACCGCCCUCGUCGGGCCGAACGUCGUCAUCGGCCCGGGCUGCUCUAUCGGUGCCGGCGCACGCGUCCAGCGCACCACUCUGCUCGCCGGCGCAAAGGUCAAGGCCCACGCCUGGGUCAAGUCCUCCAUCAUCGGCUGGAACUCCACCGUCGGCCGCUGGGCCCGCCUCCAGAACAUCUCGGUCCUCGGCGAGGACGUCAAGAUCACCGACGAGCUCUACAUCAACGGCGCCCGCAUCCUCCCGCACAAGACCAUCAAGGACGACAUCCCCACCCCGUCUAUCGUUAUGUAGUCCGUGUCUCCAUCCCACUGGCCUUCCCCCUCGUCCCUGUCCUGUCCCA